CAGUUGCCCUUUUUACGUCCAGUCCCUGCUCGUGUUGAACUUACAUUUCUCUCUGUAAACCCCUUCUAUCCGUAUCAUCAACAAUUUAAAUCUAAAUGUCCAAUCAUCCACAUCCGCCACCACCACCUCCAAGGAUACAUUUUGCACCUACGACGAAAACAACAGAGACGACGAUCAAACAGCCUUUGGUCGAAUUAAAAUGUGAUUUAGUCAAUAAUAAUUCCAAUAUAAUCCAACGUCAGCCACUGACAUUCAACACAUCAGCAUGUUCUUCGAGGGAUCCCCAUCGGCGAAAACGUUCCUAGAGAUGGCCAUAGCAAAAGGAUACUCUAACAAUGGAGAGAUGUUUAGUGCGCAACAGUUAAACGAUUUAUUUUCCAUUGGUUUGGAGGAUAACCGUCAUCUGGAGGAAUAUAAACCAGUCAUCCACACGCUAGUGGGAGGAAGCAUGGAUGAACCGACCGUAAAAAUAAAAUUACGACUUGGAUCAAUAUUCUUGGUGCCAUAUGAUCCCGACCGGAAUCACACUCCAUGCCUCAACCGAGGUCACAAGGCUCAUUGGGCGUUAAUUACUGGUUAUCUAAUUGAUCAAUUUGAUGAUUACUACGUUUUCGCACGACAUGCUAAAACACGAAACCUUGCCUUAUGGUCCCUUCGUGAUUUAGCUCUUAGCAAUGCCAAUCUAGUCGAGUUUUGCCAACCGAAUGGCUACCCAAAUGAAGUGUUCAUUUUACCGCAGGGUGGAAUUGGUGGUUACAAUGGUCUCCGUUGUAAAUUCAUAAUGAUCGAGCACUACAAAGCGAAGGAUGAAAUAGCAUUAUAGAAACCAGCGUAAAUAAAUAAACGUUUGAUGGAAAUCGUACGCAUAAACGUUAAGAGUAUCGCGUACUGUAUAUUUUGGUUUCAACAAAUUUUAACAAAUUUUCAGUUU